CACCGAGCCUGCCCUCUCCGCCCAAACCCUAGUCACGCAGGGGGUGCCAUGUCCAGCUCCGCCGCCACAGCCGUCUUGGCAGCGGCGGCCACCGCUUCCGUCGCUGCGGCGCAUUCGCCAGAGCCGCGCGACAACCCGACGGUCGCCGACGUGAUGAGCAUCUCCGUCUUCAUGGCCGUCUUCUUCCCCGUCUUCAUCGUGCUCCUCGCCUUCGCCUGCCUCCGCCUCUUCCGCCCCCCCGACGAGGACGGUCCCUCGGUGGGCACAUCCGCGCCGGCGUCGGAGUGGUCCAGCCGCGGGGGAGGAGGGCUCGACGCCGCGAAGAUAGCCGCGCUGCCGCUAGUGUUCUACCGGGAGGUGAGGCAGCACCGGAUCGUAGACGGGCGGGGCGACGACGACGCGCUCGAGUGCUCGGUGUGCCUGCUCGAGUUCGAUGACGCCGACGCGCUCCGCCUCCUCCCUACGUGCCCGCACGCGUUCCACCCGGAGUGCAUCGGCCUCUGGCUCGAGAGGCACGCUACCUGCCCACUCUGCCGCGCCAGCGUCCUCGACUCGCCGCCGGCGCCAGUGACGCAGCUCCAAUCCUUGCCGCCGCAGGAAACCGCGCCACCACCACCGGAUUCCCCACCCGAGCGUGCAACAGUCGUGCUCAUCGGCGACGACAGCGACAACGAGGAGGAGGACAGGAUGACGAUCCAGUGCCUAGCGAGGAACCGCCGCGCGGCGGGUCGGCAGGCGCUGCCGCGGUCCAACUCGACGGGGCACGACGGCGGCGGCGGGGUGGAGCGGUUCGCGCUGCGCCUCCCGGAGCACGUGCGCCUCGAGAUCCUCAUGUCGCACAGGCUGAGGCACGUGACGAGCGCGGUGGCGUCCGUGCGCGUCCGGGAGGGGAGCGCCCACGAAGCCAGUACGGUGGGCGGGAGCGUCCGAAGCGCCGUGGCGCGGCUGCUGUCGCUCUUCGUGCCGGGCGCUGGGUGGAAGGGCGACGGCGACGACAUGUCCGGCAAGGUGGCGGACGCCGGGGCGUCGUCUCUCCGCCGCCGCGAGAACUCGUCACGGGGAGGAGUGAGAGAAGAGAAGAGAAGCGUCUGAUCAACAGAGGCGUGAUUAAGUCAAUUAAGCCGAGGUUAAGCGCCAAUUGGUACGUUGGCACGCCUAUUUCCUCGAUUCGACUCAACUUCUGCUGAAUCCAUCACUUGUUCUUUGGAUUUAGAAUUUGAGUUCGCGCGAUUCGCAAUCUAUUUCGGUAGCGAUGUCCGCUUCCAAGAUUGAAGCGGUGUAGGUUGAUGAACAGUUUUGCGGAGUUUUUUUUUCCUUUUCUGCAGUAUUGGUCAAUUGUAAGAGCAAGAUAUCGGAUCAAAGAUAAACAGGUGAGAAGAGGCAUAAAGACCCAAAUCGAACAUUUGCAUCA